AUGUCGAAGCUUAACAUCGACAACCUCAAGAAGGGCAUUGCCGGAAUCCUCGAAGGCAGCAAGGAGAAGCAGCGAAAGUUCCUUGAAACUGUUGAGCUGCAGAUCGGCCUCAAGGAUUACGACACCCAGCGCGACAAGCGUUUCGCAGGCACCAUCAAGCUUCCGCACGUUCCCCGUCCACGCUUGAAGGUGUGCGUUCUGGGAGAUGCUGUUCACUGCGAGCAGGCCCAGCGGGCUAACAUUCCCUUCAAGAGCGUGGAGGACCUGAAGAAGCUGAACAAGAACAAGAAGAUGGUUAAGAAGUUGGCCGACAGCUUCGAUGCCUUCCUCGCAUCUCAGGUCUUGAUCCCACAGAUCCCGCGAUUGCUGGGGCCCGGCUUGAACAAGGCCGGCAAGUUCCCGACUCUGGUGCAGCAUUCGGACAACUUGGAGACCAAGGUGACCGAAGUCCGGAGCCAGGUGAAGUUCCAGCUGAAGAAGGUGCUCUGCAUGGGCGUUGCCGUGGGCAACGUUGCUAUGACACCAGAUGAGCUGAGGCAGAAUUGCCUCAUGGCGAUCAAUUUCUUGGUGUCCCUGCUGAAAAAGAACUGGAACAACGUGAAGCGCCUGCACAUCAAGAGCACGAUGGGCAAGCCUUUCACCAUCUAUGGAUAG